UCGGACUCCGGAUGUGCUUUAAAAACUAGAAGUCGAAAUACUAGAAACAUGACACAAUGAUGGAAAUAUUCUUACGCGCAGACACCUCAUUGCUCGUAUUACUCCUCGCCUGGAAAUACUACGCAGCUCGCAAAAUACCGGUGCGUAUUAUAUGCUAAACCAUCGAACAAGGUGUAUUUAUAGCACGAUCGAAAGGGAAACCAAAAAAUAAUUCAGUUGUGUUGGCGCUGGUAGCUUUAGAAUUCAGGAGCUGAUGCUCGAAUGAAACUGUAGGCGGUGUAAUCGCAUUACCCGGAAAGAGGCAAUGCAAUCGCAUUCUCAGUUCAGCUCCGUGGGGAUUUUAAUAGUUUUAUCGAAUAGCCCUCUACGCAAAGAUAGUCUGCGUACUUAUUUCUUUACACAAAGGAAAUAUUUAACAUGUUUAAUACACCAACUGCCCACGGGCUAUUCUUUACCCUCAUCAUCCAAUUCUUAAAAUUAGCAGCUGGGCUGGGACGUUUGUAGCUUAGGUUGAGUGGAUUCCAAGAGACUGUCGAAUCCAAAGUUGUGAGAACUAGCCUACUUUAGCUUGUGGAAAUCAAAGUCAGUUUAAAAAAGAGUCUAAAAGAGAACCAUCCUGAUCCUACGCAGACGCCUACGUACUCUGCGAAUUUGGUCAAGAAGGAAAUGUAAAACUCGGUAUUUGAAACAGGAUCACGCUGGUCCUGUAGACUCUCGGAAUUCAGGUAAACAGGAAAUUGAAAAAAAGGAGGAAGCAGUUUGACCUUGCAGACUUCCUGUGUCUGGGAGGAAAUAGGAACGCUCUGAUGACGCUUACACUCCCAUAUUGUUGUUUUGUGUACCACCGCUGAUGUCCUCGGUGAGGGGGCAGAUUGGAGCAGAGCAGCAGAAAUAAUAUUGACUGUGAGAUUGACAAGCUAAAGUGAGAAGUCGUUUUGUCCAGAAUAUCAAAUUGCUGUUUUUUGGUCCUUUUAUAUUUGUCUGAGGAGAACUUUACGGCCUUGGUCCCUUAAAAGAAAGAGACUAGGAUGACUUCUGUUUUAAAAUGGGGCUCAAAGAAAGGUGGCAAACCCCAGUUCCAAGCGAGUGGAAGUGGAAAGACAUGGCUUCAUCCAGCUGAAUCUUUACAGCAGGGUUCUGUUGUUUACUCUGUCAAGUUUCUAGGUCUUACAGAUGUAGCACAAGCAAAAGGAACAGAAAUCGUUAGAGAAGCCAUAAAGAAAGUCAAGUUUGCUAACCAUAUUAAAAAGAGUGAGACUGGUGUAAAAGGCAGUAAACUGAAGAAGGUUGAAAUUAAGAUUUCCAUUGACAACAUAAAAGUAGAAGAUGCGAAAAUGAAGGAGCUGCUGUAUUCAUAUCCUUUACAUCGUAUAUCCUACUGUGCUGAUGACAAGCGUGACAAGAAGCUGUUUGCUUUCAUUGCCAAGGAUUCUGGAGCACAACAUCAUAGCUGCUAUGUUUUUGAAUGUGAUAAAAUGGCAGAAGAACUUACUUUAACUGUAGGGCAGGCAUUUGAUCUUGCUUAUCGUCGUUUUCUCGAGAAGAAAGCUGUUAAUCAAAAUUCGAGUAAAAAGCUAACUGAGAUGGAAGAAAAAAUCAAAACCGCAGAGGAAGAGAAGGAGGCAUUGAAACAAAAGAUUGCUGAACUUGAGAUAGCUGCAAGACAAGGACCUCCAUCCAGUAAUGGGAGUAAUGAGGGUAGCAGAAGCCAAUCAGAUAUAGAUGAGUUUGAUCUCUUGGGUAGCUUUGGUAGCAUCACUACAAUGCCAGGCCCUCUGCCACAAGAGGUCCUCCCUCAAGAGACCGCUUCUCAUAUGCCAGAGGUUUUCCCUCAAGAGAUGGCCGGUCAAGAUAUGAUCUUUGAUCCUUUUGCUGAGAGUCCACCACAGCCUCAAACAGCUGCUCCUAUGUCACCAGACUUCAAUGAGUUUUCACCACAACCUGUGGUUGAACCAGCACCCAGACCAACUGCCAAAGGGUUGGGACUACUCCCUCCUCCACCAACAAAAGAAAGCGUAAAAGCAGCCAAUCGCAUGAAAAGUAACUCUGGAAAUGUUACAGGAAUGACAUCACCACCAACAACACCAUCACCACCACCAACAACAACCUCUCCAACAGCCCCUUCUGAUGAUCUGUUACAGCUGGGUGGCAGUGCAGCAUUCAGUAAAAACCCAUUCUCUAGUGGUAUUAAUGGUACAAAUCUGUUUUCUGAUCAUGUGUUUGAUCCACUCGCCUCUAAGGAUCCCUUUUUAGACAGUGGUAAAGAGAUCAAUCAAAAUAUCCAGGGUUUUACAAGUGAUUUAGUCCUCCAUUAGAACAGUGAAACACAGCUGAAAGAAAACUAAGCAGUGUCAACAUUCAGAGUUGGUGCAAAUGGACAUGUCAAAUUCACAAUGUGCACAUAG